AUGCUCCAACAGAAACCCAUUACUUCCUCCCAGCGGCACUCGGCCUCGCUGGCCCUGAUCAAGCUCAUCGCUGACAUCCAGAAUAAGAACAGAGGGCUCAUAAGACGGCAACCGUGCCUUGAUUUCAUCGAAGAACGCCUUCCUGUGUUUUAUGAGGCCUUUGCCAACUCUUAUACAAGGCUCAACACAGCUCGGGGGCGCUUCGAGCCAAUGAGACACGAUCAAGAUGCUGGCGACGGCACUGAGCAGCGCAGAGAGCAUGACCUCCUAGAUAUCCUCCCUGAUAACACCACUAAGGAUUCCGAUCGACGACCAUUCUGGGAAGAGACGCUUCCUGAAGCGAUGGAAGAGCUCAAAUCCACUCACGAUAAGCCAAAGAGACUUGCUGGGACAGCACGCAGUAUCCGAGACUUGAAAGGAUGGGUUGACAUCGUAAACGUCCUUGAAAAGGCCAGAUCGAACUACUACGACUACUCAGGGUUUAUCAGGUUCAGGAAACGGUCAGCGCACAAAAUGGCAGACAACAUUAACGAAGGCAAGAUUCUAAUCUCUCUUCAAUCAAAUACGGAAUACUCUUCAGCAGCUAAAAGGACGGCCAAAAUUCGAGAAGAGAUCGAGUCAAGUCUUCGUCAGUUCCGGGAGAGGUUGGGGGAUGUUGAGAGUAUCGUUGCAGUCUAUGAACAGAAAGAGGAUGUCGUCGCUGCAGCCAAGAAAGUCCUUAGCUCAAUGCUUCAGGCGAUUGGGGAUAUUAUCGAUUACUACGGUGCGAAGAAAGGGAAGAGAAUGCUUCUGUCCGUGUGGCAAGCUGAUAGCCACAAGGCUGAUCUGACGGGCUGCCUAGAGGACCUCAAUUCAAGGAGUUCAAGACUGAUGGAGAAGGCCAAUAUCGGAAGUUUCCGUGAUCUUCGAUCAGUUAAUAUCAAAGCAUCAGAGGGUCAAAUGGAGAUCAUGAGGGAACAGAGACGACUCGCAGACGCCCAGUCCUAG